AUGUCAUCUCAAGCCUUCAUCACUUCUGACGCAGAGUUGAUGUGGAACGUCCUUCCCGCUGUUGCACUCCCUUCGCAAUCCAAGUUUCUCACGGCCCGGGAUAGGAAUGGAAAGCCCAUGCUCGUUGGUAUUGGAUCCGACUCAGUGCUUCGAGUCGGCCAAGAAAAUCCCCAUGACGGACUUCGUCAGCUUGUUGACCUUGGCACGAAGCUGGGCAUUCCGUCGGACGCCGUUGUCGACGGGUUUGAUCUUUUCCAGUCCAGCGACGACAUCAUAUACCUGAGCGUGGCAUAUCACACUCAAACCGAAGCGAAUCUUCUAGCAGCAAGACCGUUCAAUCCGAGAGACAUAGAUUUGACUGAUGAACAGGCGAGCUUGCAAUCUUAUCGAAGCUUGCGGCUGGACAAUACCAUCGCCAAAGAUGUCCUAUUGGGCAACUUUUCCAGACCUGGAGAAUUCCCUCCAAUCAUUCUCAGUUAUACAGAUGACACAUCACUCCGACAUGCCAACGUCAAGCACUUCGAAGUUGUCAAUGACCAGGUCACCAACAUGGGAGAUCUGAGUUUACCGGUGAACGCUUCUGCUAUUGUGGGCAUGAAAGUAGGGAAGAUCAAACGCCACACUGGUCUGUUUAUUCUGUAUGAGCAAAACGAUGCUCGCAAGUUGAUGUUUUCAUCCUGGACGACGCAAUUCGAUAGCCCCAUAUUGUGUCCACUAGGUGCGAGCUGCUUGGCAACAAUCCACAAUAGCAACGGAGAUACAGACCUCGUUGUCGGCGGUGACGGGAUAUGGCAUUUCAGUUCCCAAGACAUGUUGUCGAGAGACGCCGUUGGAGACUGGUUGUGGAAAGGAGAGGAGUUCAAGGGUAUCAAAAACUUGCAUGUUGCACUGACAGGCAAACAGGCGAGCAUCUGGGCAACGACAGAGGACGGAGGCGUCUCGUACGUGGAACUCGACAUUUCUGCAUUGGAUGGGAAAAAGCAUCCGGCCAAAGCUACCGGAGUCCCGCUACUACUUAGUGGUCAAGGUGGCAGCAUCGCAGGCUUUGUCGGCAAAACGGGAAUCAACGCCGUGUUUGUUUCUGACCAACUCAGUCAAAUGUCGUACUUUGAGCAGGCAAUCGAUACCAAAAUAUGGAAGCGAACGCCUUUCUGGUUCCCCAGCCUCGAGAAAACGCUACAGAUCCACUGCUAUAUGACCAGGCUCGUGGUACACGGUAUUUCAGGCGCUGUGCUCCCCAAGUGCUGGAUCGGACUCAAGAGUACCGGCAUGGUCAGCGUUGCUGUCAACGGACUGCCUGUGACGCUUGGCAACACCCCGACUGCCCUCCAGACUGACGAAGAGGGUAGCAUCAACAUCAUCAAUCCAACUAACGACAUGUCUUCCUACAGCUUUGAGGUUGUCGAUGUUUGGGAUGCUGAGCACAAAGUUCAGCUCUACCUCGAGCAGCCCUCGAAGAUCGAUCCCAUGUCCAAAUUGGAACGCAUCUUGAGUGGUCUCACGGUCGAACAACUAUCGACAGCCACGACUGCCGACGGAGACUCCGUUUUUGAGAAUAAGAACAAAAGCGAUCUGGAAAACGCUGUUACGGCGCUCAAGCAGCUGGACCGAGCCAAAGUUGAAAUCGAGAAACCCGGAGAAACCGCAUCCUACCAGCCGGCAACAACGCUUACAGAGACAGCCAUUCUUGCGAACCCCAAUAUCUCGCCUGAUUCAAUUGCGGUUGGCACGCACGUCGGCGCUCUUGGAAAGAUUAAGGUCGUAUUAUGGGAUGUGUGGCACUAUGUUGUCUCCGCGUGGCACAAAGUCAAGUCAUGGGCGAUUGAGACGUACAUACAAUCAGAUAAUAUUAAGACAUUUGUCAUUACGAUUGGUCAAGAGGCGUACAGAUUCGUGCUUGAGACGGCGACGCAGAUAGCCAAGGCUGCAAGCUUCAUCUACACGAAGUACUUGAAGGCCCCCUUUGAGCGGUUUGUCGAGUGGGUUUCAAACUUCUUUUCUUGGAAAGAUAUCUUGGAGGUGAAGGAUAACAUUCAAGACUUCAUGAAUGCCGCCCUCGAUUAUGGCUCCUCAAACCUCGAGUGGGCCACCGACAAAGUCGCGGCUAAGUUUGAUGGCUGGAACGAUGCUAUAAAAAGCCGCGUUGUGUCCAGUAAAGUACCCGACAGAGUACUCAACAGGGUUGCGGGACCAAAAGAGCAGGAUAACGUUGAUCCGACAUACAAGGACAGAAUGAGGCAGUCUGAUGUCAAACAGAACUGGACGAAAUAUCAACUCACGCACGGAGGCGCGCUUCGUGGUGCCACAAUAGAAAAGGCAGCUGGCGAUACCGUUUCCCAGGAGUACCAAGCAACCUGGAACAGUGUCGUAAAACCGAUGCUGGAUUCGCUUUCGGCCACCGUCGGCCAAGUCAUGCGCGAUAUCUCGCUCCUGUUCAAGGUCAACAGCAAGAUUUCCGCGGCUGAAAUCCUCAAGAAGCUAGGCGCGGAUGUGUUGAUGGGAAUUCUCAACACGGUCAAAUCGCUUGUGGUCGGGGUGCUUCAGCGGCUGGCCAGUGUGGUCGAUGAUUUCAAGCAGCUGAUCCACAAAAAGAUUAAGAUCCCAAUAUUCGGUGAUCUUUGGGUUCUUGCUAACAAAGUAUUGAAUCGCAAUGUCGAGGCCCCGACGUUCACUGUCAUCGAUUUCGUCUCCUUCGUCCUAGCCAUUCCUCUCACGCUGACUUGCAAGCUGUUCACGGGCGGACGGAAACCGCCCGCACCGCCCAAACUCAAUAUCAAGACCUUGAACGCAAUUUUUGACGAGUCGGCACCAGAGACGGACAAGGCUUCCUACAACGGCUUCGCCGCCAUGCUGGAAACGGGUGCGUCCUCAACGCUGGCCCUCAUCGGCAUUGCUAGCACCGCGGGACUCGGAGGCGCCUUGGCGUCCUUGUUCGACUUUCAACUUUUGUUUGGACUCAUUCGAGUUGCUGCUUGCCUGCCGACGAAGAAAGAUCUCCCUUUAUGGGAAGUUCGGUGCGCGGUUUCCGCCAUCGACGCUAUCAACGUGUUCGUUCUUGCUAUUUCUCGCAAAGUUGACAAGGACGGCCAGGGAGAAAAGAUAUUAGCGACCAUAGAAGGAGCCACGGCGUUGGUCAACAUCGUUUUGAACAUUGCGAUUGACACCGCCGAGCUUACCGAGGAUUGGGCAGGCAAGAACGAGGAGCGGACAGGAUACCAAAUACUCAUUGCAAUUCUCGGCGGGGUUUCUACAAUUGGGAAAACCGUGGCCACUGUCAGUCCUGAUCCUGAUUCCAAACUGGGGGGUCUCGUAACCAAGCAAGUGGCUGGUAAGGCAGCCGGUUUCUUUAACGUGGUGAACACAUACAGCAACAUUUCCAAGGGCAAGUACACGGCCAUUUUGAAUUCAGGUAGCUGA